UCUAGAUUCACCAAGAUGAAGACGGCCACCAACAUCUACAUCUUCAACCUGGCCUUGGCAGACACCUUGUGCCUCAUGACCUUACCUUUCCAAGGCACGGAUACCUUCCUGGGCUCCUGGCCCUUUGGCAACGCUCUCUGCAAGAUCGCCAUCUCCAUCGAUUACUACAACAUGUUCACCAGCACCUUCACCCUGACUAUGAUGAGUGUGGACCGCUACAUCGCCAUCUGCCACCCCAUCAAGGCCCUGGACAUCCGCACGCCACACAAGGCCAAAGUGGUCAACGUGGGCAUCUGGGCCUUAGCUUCCGUCUUCGGCAUCCCGGUCAUGGUGAUGGGCUCCACGGAGAGAGAAAACGACGAAAUAGAUUGUCUCAUUAGACUUCCUGAACCCGAGGACUACUGGGAGCCCAUUUUCGGAAUCUGCAUUUUCCUUUUCUCCUUCAUGAUCCCGGUCAUGGUGAUCACCAUCUGCUACAGCCUCAUGAUCAGGCGCCUGAAAAACGUCCGGGUCCUCUCGGGAUCGAAGGAGAAGGACAGGAACCUCCGGCGUAUCGCUCGGUUGGUUCUCGUCGUGGUGGCUGUCUUCAUUAUCUGCUGGACUCCCGUCCAUAUCUUCGUCCUGGUCCGAAGUCUGGGAGCCAAGGCCGACAACGAACUCAGUUUAUCCAUCUUGUACUUCUGCACCGCCUUGGGCUACGCCAACAGCUGCCUGAACCCUGUCCUCUACGCCUUCCUGGACGAGAACUUCAAGACGUGCUUCAAGAAGUUCUGCUUCCCGUCGGCCUUCAGGAAGGAGCUGCAGAUGUCCAAUCGUAUGUGUAGCAUCGCCAAGGAUGUGGCUUAUGCCUGCAAGAACUCUGACGGGACAAACAACCCGGCAUGA